AUGAUCGGGGCUCACACAGGCCUCACCGAUAAGGUCCUCGCCUACAAAGCGAUCGACCCGCCAGUGGAAGAAAUCCAACCGCCCAAAGAUCGUGCAUUCUUUGCUGACCCGCAAAAAAAGGCUCUUCUGUCAGCGGUCACCAAUAUCAAGCAUUUGACGCCGUAUAUAGGAACGGAGUUGACAGGUGUACAGUUGAGUAAAUUGGAUGCCAAGCAAAAGGAUGAACUGGCUUUGCUGGUUGCUGAAAGAGGGGUUGUCUUUUUCAGAGACCAAGACCUUACACUAGAAGGGCAACAUGAAUUCACGAGACAUUACGGAAUUCAAGACAGAGACCCAAACCAAGUCGACCCACGCCAUGUCACUAUUCUUGGACGCGGAGGCGACAUUCGAUCUUACGAACAUGCCAGUAGCGCCUUCGCCGAGUUCCACUCUGAUCACUCUUUCGAAAUCAACCCGCCUUCUUAUACAUUGCUUCGAAUGCUUAGAACACCUGAAUACGGUGGUGACACUAUCUGGACAAGCCAGACAGCGUUGUUCGAUAAAUUGAGCCCAACUUUCCAAAAAACGUUUGAAGGUCUUCAUGCGGUCCACAGCUCUGAGCAUACUUUCAUCAACACUAUCAACGGUGGCGGAACGACUUUUCGGUCACCCGUACGCAGAGAGCAUCCUCUAGUCCGUACCCACCCCGUAACCGAACAAAAGGCACUGUUUUAUAACCCCGCAUUCGUAAUCAAUAUUGCCGAACUUAAAGGGUAUGAAUCCUUACAUACUCUAAAUUUUCUCCGCGAACAUCUUCACUCGGCCGAUGACUUGAGUGUGAGAUGGCACUGGAAGGCGGGCAGCGUCGCAUUCUGGGACAAUCGUGUUGCCAUCCACCGUGCAAUCCCUGGGGGAUACAACACGGAAGAAAGGGAAGGAAAGAGAACAGCGGUGUUCGGCGAGAAGCCUAUCUAUAAUUCAAAUGGUAAAACAUUGAGUGAGUGGCUAGGAGGGAAAAGCCAUGAUGAAUUGCCGGUUAUCAAAACUGGAUUGGACGGAUUUUAA